AAACACUUAGCACUCCUCAUAAAUCACACUAAUGAUGCUCACCGAGAGACAAAGAGAGAGAGAGAUGGGAAAACCUCUGUUCGAAACAAAGCAAGAGAAGAGCCGACUGGCUUAUAGAUUGUACUUACUCUCGAUGAUCAAUGGUAUUUUUCUGGUUUUCGUAUACAGAGCGAGUCAUGUGCCAGGAGAAGGAGAGGAUGGAAGAUGGGCGUGGAUUGGACUGUUUGGAGCCGAACUCUGGUUCAGUAUUUAUUGGGUGUUCACUCAGUUUCGUCGAUGGAACCGCGUCUAUCGCCAAACGUUCAAGGAUAGACUCUCGCAGAGAUACGAGAACGAAUUGCCAAUUAUAGACGUUUUCGUAUGUACGGCGGAUCCCACUAUAGAGCCACCAACGAUGGUAAUAAACACUGUGUUAUCGGUCAUGGCCUACGAUUACCCGCCAGAGAAGCUCAACGUGUAUCUGUCCGACGACGGUGGGUCAGAUCUGACAUUCUACGCUCUCUUGGAGGCGUCCCGUUUUUCGAAGUAUUGGCUUCCAUUUUGCAAGAAAUUCCAAGUGGAACCGAGGUCGCCGGCUGCUUAUUUUUCGGCGACACCUGAACCACUUGUCAAUCCUUCUCAGGCCAAGGAGUUCUUAUCCAUCAAGAAAUUGUAUAAAGAAAUGGUGGAUCGGAUUGAGACUACAAGUGUGCUAGGGAAAGUUUCAGAAGAAAUCAUCAAAGAGCACCAAGGAUUUCUUGAAUGGGGUUCAGGAUCAAACCCUCGUGAUCAUCCAACCAUUCUGCAGAUAUUAAUUGAUGGAAGAGACCCUAAUGUUGUGGACAUGGAAGGACAAAGAUUGCCAACCCUAGUAUAUUUGGCUCGUGAGAAAAGACCCCACCAUCACCACAACUUCAAGGCUGGAGCCAUGAACGCACUGAUAAGGGUGUCAUCAGGGUUAAGCAAUGGGCAGAUAAUUAUGAAUGUGGACUGCGACAUGUUCUCCAACAAUUCAGGCUCCGUAAGAGAUGCAUUAUGUUUUCUUAUGGAUGAAGAAAAUGGCCACCAAAUUGCCUUCGUACAAUUUCCACAGGCCUUCAAUAAUAUCACCAAGAAUGAUAUCUACUAUAAUUUCCUAAAAGUGAUUUCUCAGAUUGAAUUUCCCGGGUUGGACGGUGAAGGAGGGCCCAUGUACAUUGGCAGUGGGUGCUUUCACAGAAGGGAUACCUUGUGUGGGAGGAAAUACAGUAAGGAACAUAUAACAGAAUGGGAGACACAGGAUAACAGGAAAGUAGAUGAAAGCAUAGAUGAAUUAAAUGAGAGAUUAAAGGGCUUUGCAAGUUGUACAUAUGAAGAAAACACUGAAUGGGGAAAAGAGAUGGGUUUGAAGUAUGGUUGUCCAGUGGAAGAUGUAAUUACGGGGUUAUCAAUUCAAUGCAGAGGAUGGAAAUCAGUGUUUUUUAGUCCAAAAAGAAAGGCAUUCAUAGGUGUUGCUCCUACUACAUUGGAUCAGGUGCUUGUGCAAUAUAAGAGAUGGUCUGAAGGUAACUUUCAAAUUUUUCUCUCAAAAUAUAACCCCUUGUUAGUUGGGCAUGGAAAGAUCAAGGUAGGACUUCAGAUGGGGUAUUGUAGCUACUGCCUCUGGGCUCCUAACUGCUUAGCAACAUUAUAUUAUGUUGUCAUCCCUUCACUCUGUUUUCUCAAAGGCACGGCCUUGUUUCCCAAGAUAUCAAGCCCAUGGUUGAUUCCUUUUGCCUAUGUGGCCAUUUCCAAAUACACAUAUAGCUUAUUAGAGUUCCUCUGGUGUGGCGGCACAGUCCAAGGCUGGUGGAACAACCAAAGGAUGUGGAUGUUUAAACGGACUACUUCCUACCUAUUCGCCUUCAUUGAUAAUCUGCUUAAGGUAUUUGGGUUUUCCAAGUCUACAUUUGUCAUCACGACCAAGGUGGCCGACCAGGACGUGUCACAGAGAUAUGAGCAAGAGAUGAUGGAGUUUGGGACCUCUUCUCCCUUGUUUCUCAUUCUUGCAACAAUCGCGAUGCUAAACCUAUUUAGUUUGGUGGGAGGGGUGUGGGUGGUCAUAAUGAGCUUGCAAACUACUGUUAUGGCACCAUUAAGCUUGCAGUUUGUUCUAUGUGGGAUUGUGGUCGCCAUCAACCUUCCUGUUUACCAAGGGCUCUUCUUUCGCAUGGACAAGGGCCGAAUGCCUUCCUCAAUCAUGUUCAAGGCUGUUUUUUUUGCUUUAUUUGCUUGUAUUGUAUCCUUGCUUUAGAUUUAUCUACUUGUUUUAACUAUAUUACUAAAAGUUGUUUAUAUGGCUACUCCAUUAUUAUUACUUGGACAAAGUUAUUUAUGUGGUUAUCCUUGUUUAA